AAAAAAAAAAAAAAAAAAAAAAACCAAUCCAAGUCAUAAAAAAAAUGGCUUCAUUUUCAAUAGAAGAAUUCAUAGGGAAUGGAGUUUUGAAGGAGCUGCUCCCUAAGUUGUUGGAUGAAGGUUGGGAUGAUGUGCCAACCCUGAAGGUUAUGGACUCGGAUGAUAUGAAUUCAAUAAAGAUGACACAACGGCAAAAGGACUCGAUUGGAAUAAGGUCAUACCUACACGAUCGUGGACUGAUGCAAUAUGCAGAUAAGCUAGAGGCCACUGGAAAAGGUCUGCCAGAGCUUUUAAGUUUAAGUACUAUGGACCUUUCUGCUCAGUUUGACAUGAAGAGAGGCCAUAUUGCCCGUUUCAUAGACAGAACAAAAUGUGACGAUUCCUUUAAGUUACGUGCAAUGAUGGCUAGGAGAAGAAGCAGCAUGAUGUAUAGACAUGAAAGCAUCCCAAAGAAUCUUGCAUCAAACGGUUCCAACAGUAUGAUGAGAAUGCAAAUUAGAAGUAAUGCAACCUCUGAUAGAUCAUUUGAACAAUCACUUACUGAGCUAAAGAUUAAAGACGGGUACAGUUUUAAAGGGAUUGUGGCUUCUGAGCCAGUUGAGCCUAGAUUCAGAAACUAA